GAAGGGAAUUCUUUUGGUCCUCCUACACUGCCUGCUAACCAGAACAACGUGCGACGCGACCAGCUUUUGGCCGCUCUCGCCCCGACGAACUUGGGGCCGAAGAUCCCACCAACUUCGACUUACAAGACCGUGUUGUCCGGGCACAAGGUGGUUUCCUUCGAGUUGGUUUGCGCCUUGCAAUCGAUUGAAGGAGUUUACCCCGUCCUCAUACGUAUUGCCCGCACCGGCUCCAUCGUUCGCAUGAAGUGCGGCCGUGGUACGCCACCUUGUAGUGCCACCUGCAACCUGUCGAUGGGGCUUCCUUUCACCUGCGGCGACAAGUUUGGCCAACAUGUACACCACGACUAUGAUGUCAUCCCGACGUUGUUCACCGUCGUACCCGCGCACGGCGCGGAAGAUGUCGGUCCCUCCACCACUGGUGGCGCCAUAAUUGGAUCUGCACUAUCUAUUGGAACCCAGGCCAAAAAACGCCGUUCAACCCAAUCGACCGACGACAACGGCAUCUCCGAUUCCGUCAUCGACGACGUCGAGCACAUAAGCUCCGACGAAGACUCCGACGAGGACUCCGACGAGGACUCCGACGGCUCCGGGAGCAACAACGACAGCGACGAGUGACUGCUUGUUUUCGAAAAAUCCUUUGAUUUUCUUCCUCAGAUGGUUUUCCGUCUUUGGCGUUUUUCACGGAACGGCUUUUUGCUAUGCCUUUGUAAUUGUAUCUGCUCGUAGCCUUCGGAUAUUAUUGUAUGAUUAUUGUGACAUCGUGUGUCCGUAAUUACUAUCAGUUCAUCGACGACGAUAUUAAGUUUAGACGACGUUGGUGUUGCACAUUGCUCGUAGACAGGGUUGAUGAAAGCAAUGUUAUUUAUUUUCGAAUGAUAGAUCCUGAAAUCCUGCAUAAUGACUGUGUUCGAACCGACCUAUCAUCUUCUUACCUAGCUAGAUGCUUUUCUUCAUUGAAGGCGCUUUCCACAGGAGACUUUUCUGUUCGAUAUGUUCGUGUGCCUGUCUUUACUAUUACUCACCAACUACUAUAUUAAAGUUAGACCCCGUUGAUGUUACACAUUAUUGCCUGUAGACAGGAUUGAUGGGAGCGAUGUUCUUUGAUUUUGUUUGGUUAUUUUCACACAACGAGCCUACUCAACGAUGUUUCCUCCCGUGGAAACGUUCGGCCCCACCUAACAGCCUACGAUCCAUCUUCAAGACAUUAAAUGUUCUGUUUCUCUGAUUCUAAAAACUUCACGACUCCGAGUUUCAACCUUGACCCUGCUCGCGAAGCUAAAUAUGGUGGCCGCCCGCCCUACUGGGGGGCGGGGGGCCAAUCGUUCCCCCUAGUAACACCGAUAGGUGAGACAACAUUGUUACCGGCGCGGAAAUGAACUAAAUAUUUUCGUUCUAGAUUUCCAACGCACCCCCGGUGCGACGAACUCCCAUGGGUGCGAUACGGAAGAAAUCACGGUGGCCAUUUUUGAAUCUUUUCUUCACCUACACGUCGACGGAACCAUACAUUGUACUUCGAAGUACAAAAAUAAUGGGAUGGCGCCCCAAUUGAACCUGCCGGCACCCUCACAGCCGUUCGUCACAUGCAGUUCAAAACGUGGCCCGGAGGGGACCGGUACCUUGCGGAAGGGCGGGUUUCUAUGUCCUAAGCAGGGUUUAUAUCAUUGAUAUCGCACCGGGUGCGUGGACACCGAUACCGGUGCAAACAUGCAUUUCCGUGUUGUGUAUCAUUCAUUUCUUGCUUUUUUCGCCCCCCGGUCCCAUGACAACGAUGAACGCAAAAUCAACAAUGGGUGCCAUUACACGCACUUUUUCGGUACUGGCACACAACAACAGGUGUUUACUGUCAACUCGGUCUCUCGUGUGUCUCCUGUUUGUCAGCUGCUCGAUGGGGUGUGCACGCCCAUCUCUCUGUGCCGUCAGUAGUAGCCGCGGGUGUUGCCCGGCGCUGUGCUCAUCGACGCUCGCUGUGCCUCUCUCGCACAGCACCACCACAACCGAACCGAGAGAGACACAACCAUACGUUCUUCUCCUCCGCUUCGGCCGGUAGCUAAGAAAGGUUGUGAGGUCACACUCUCCCGUCGCUUUCCUCUUCUUUGAUGUGUGCCUUCCUUCAUCCUCCUGGUCCUCUUCUAUGUCUCUGUCAUUGU